GUUAUAAUUUUUUGGGAUCAUAAGAGAGUUAGGAUUUCUGGGGGUGCGCGUUUUUUCGUUAUAAAAUGGCAGAUAAUGAUGAUAUCUUAAAUUUUACUGUGACAUCAUUGAUUGAAGAUGUUCUUUUGGAGCAUGGAGAAGAAUUGUGUAAUGUAUAUACCUCCCACAAAAGUGACGCGAAAAUAUCAACAAAAAGAUAUGAGGCAACACGUUGGCUAAGAAAGAUGGUAGGCGUUGUGGCUGCAAAAGAUUUGCCAGCUGAGCCUUCAGAACAAAACUUUAGAAUGGGGUUAAGAAGCGGGAUUAUUCUUUGUAAUGUUCUUAAAAAGAUUGAGCCUGGUUCUAUUUCUAAAGUGGUGGAAGCACCUUGUGAUUCUGUUGUUAUACCUGAUGGAGCACCUCUGUCUCAAUGCCCGUACUUUGAAAAUAUUCGGAAUUUUCUUUUGGUAAUAGAAGAAAGACGACUUCCAACUUUUGAAGCUUGUGAUUUAGAACAGGGGGGGAAGUUAUCGAGAGUUGUGAACUGUGUACUAGCCUUGAUGGCAUACAGUGAAUGGAAAAAGGCGGGUGCAAAAGGGACAUUUAAGUUUGAAGGGAAUCCGAAACCUUCUACAGAAAGGAAGCAAAUGGUUUGUAAUUCAUUGGAUAUGGAUAAAUGUUGUGAUCUUUGGAAAGAGGAUAAAGAAAAGCCUGUUCAUAUGCGUGUGCGUGAUCUUCUUUCGGAUCAGAAGCCAGAAGAUAUUCCCGUGGCAGUUGAGAUCGUGUUAAGUAAACUCGCAGAGGCGUUUGAACGUCGACUGACCAGCCAUAGAGAAAAGGUUCGUGUAGUUAUUGCUAACAAUAAGAAAAAGUUGCAAGAGAGGGAGGCUCUUCUUAGAGCUCGUAAUGCAGAAAUAAAGCCAUCCCCCAAGGACACUAGUAGCGAUACGAAUAUCAAAUCAAAAACAAACCUCAAGAAAGAGGAAUUCUUGAAGCCACUCGCAAAAGUGAACAAUAACGAGAAGGAAGAAAAUGCAAGCUCAGAGACAACGAAAAAGGAAGAAACAAAGUCCUUUAGCAGUAUAAUGAACGAAAUGAGAAAGAAAGCCAACGCAGAUAUCAAAAAUCCCUCUGAGGUAAAUAACGAGAUGGACAGAAGAGCAACAAUACCUGCCAAAAAAUCUGUCGCUGAUAUGGUGUAUGAUCAGAAGGAAAAGAAUACAACCACAGAUACCAUUAAGUCCACUGGUAAUAUCAAGAACGAGACGAAAAACAAAGAAAAUAUUUCCACUAGUUUAGCAAUUAAUGAGAUGAAAGAUAAUGCAACCAUAGAUACCAUGGAGUCGACAAGUGAUAUAAAUGAUGAGAUUGAAGAGGAUGAAAUCAUAGAUGAUGAGUCCAUCAGUGAUGUAGAAAUCGAGAUGGAAGAGGAUGAAACCAUCGAUGAUACCCUGGAGUCAACUAGUAAUGAUGAUGACUCGCUACAGAAGAAAGAGACAGAAUGGAGGAAAGAAAUGGAAAAGAAAGAGACGGAAAGAAAGAUCGCAGUGGAAAAGAAGAAAGAGGUUCAAAGGAAGAGAGAUAUAGAAAAGAAGAAAGAGAUGGAAAGACAAGCAGCUGAAGAUGCCAAGGAAGAGGAAUACUACAAUUGGGUCAAUGGUGAAUGUGAGAGAUUAAAACUGACUCAUGCAAAGCAGGAAAGGCUGGUCGACCACCAACAUAAAGAGAUACAAGCAUUGAAGAAUACUUUUUCCGCCACAAAAGCAGAUAUGGAGUUACUAAGAACAAACUAUCAAGAGGAAGUCAAUAAUUUAGGUAAGCACAUAAGUAGUUUGGCUCAAGCUGCAUCAGGGUACAAAAAGGUUGUCGAUGAAAAUCGAAGGUUGUAUAAUCAAGUGCAGGACCUAAAAGGAAGUAUCAGGGUCUACUGCAGAAGUAGACCGUUUUUGCCUGGAACACAAGGUAAAAAGCCAAGCAGUGUGGAUUGCAUUGAUGAUGUAACUAUGGAAGUUAUUACUUCUGCAAAAGGUGGAAAAGAGCAACGGAAAUCAUUCACUUUUAAUAGAGUUUUUGGUCCAACUGCAACUCAAUCAUCAGUAUAUACAGACACCCAACCAUUGAUCCGUUCUGUUCUUGAUGGAUACAAUAUCUGCAUAUUUGCAUAUGGUCAAACAGGAUCAGGGAAAACUUUCACAAUGACUGGACCCGAAAACCUUGCACCAGAAACCAUGGGCGUAAACUACAGGGCAUUAAAUGAUUUGUUUGAUAUCCAACAGCAGAGGAAGAACAUGAUUGCUUAUGAAGUUUGUGUCCAGAUGCUUGAAAUUUACAAUGAAAUGGUCAGGGAUCUUCUUUGUGCAGAUGGAGCUAGCAAGAAAUUAGAAAUUCGACUGGGUACAUCGAACGGGAUAAAUGUACCAGAUGCAACUCUUGUACCUGUUUCAACAACAGAAGAUGUUAUACGUUUAAUGACGCUUGGCCAUAAAAAUCGUGCAGUGGGUUCUACUGCAAUGAAUGAUCGUAGUAGUCGCUCUCACAGUUGUGUUACGGUUCACGUUAAUGGAAAAGACUUGACAUCUGGUUCAACGGUUAGAGGUUGUAUGCAUCUGGUUGAUCUUGCUGGAAGUGAAAGAGCUGACAAAACAGAAGCUACAGGUGAUAGAUUAAAGGAAGCAACAUUUAUAAAUAAAUCACUUUCUGCUUUAGGAGACGUGAUAGCAUCUCUUGCCCAAAAAAGCACACAUGUUCCUUACAGAAACAGUAAACUCACCCUUUUGCUGCAAGAUGCUCUCGGAGGGCAAGCCAAGACUUUGAUGUUUAUUCAUGUAAGUCCUGAUCCGGAUACAGUAGGAGAAACAAUUAGCACGCUUAAAUUUGCUGAACGGGUGUCUACGGUUGAGCUUGGUGCUGCUAAGUCCAAUAAAGAUGACACGGAUUUGAAGCAGUUGAAAGAACAGGUUGCUUUUCUCAAGGCAGCUUUAGCUAAGGAGGGAGGAGAUACAGAAGAUGCGUGUGAUGGUGGGGAUGAAGAAUAUGAUGACCAUGAUGGUGCAGCCAGUGAGUCCUCCGAGGCUGACUCAAACCCACCAAAAGCUGCAACUAGUGCGGCAUCCAAACUCAAGAAAGUUACUACAGCACCAGCAAAGAGCCCACAAAGCAAGACUAGUUCAGCAACAGCAAAGAAACCUGCAGCUGCUAGUAGUUCGCCAGCUUCAAAGACCGGAAGGACAUCUACUCUUGAUAGUAAAAAAAAGAUUGGGAAGUAAGUUUCAGUCCUAUGAUGGAUGCAGAUUAUGUGAAGGAUAAAUUUAUAGCAUUUAUAUCUUCCAAUAUAUCCUUCAAAAA